ACUGUCAUCACUAUCCAGCUGACGUGCGAUUCUGAUUUGAUUUUGUUUUCCUUUCCAAAUUUCUAUUAUUUUGUAUACAAAGUCCACUUGUGGCCAGGAUCAGGAUUAAGAUCAGGAUCCGGAACAGUAAAACGAACUCAUAAUGCCGGUGGUGGAGCUGAGCGUGGACCGCAGCCUGGUGUGUCCAAACUUCGAUGGCUACAAGCUGUCCUUCGAUCCUGUGCCGGUGCUCCGCCAGGAUAUCGAUGUGAAUCCCAUGCGAUUGGAGCCGCACCAGAAUCAGUACUCGCUGCUGCACGUGGAGCUCUUUGCCCGGCACAAUCUCCUGACCUCGGACCCGUGGUUGCGGCACCACAGCUACUAUAUGAACGGACGUCACCAGCUGGUGCAGUGCAUCUACGAUCCGCAGAGUGGACGACCACGUGGACAGCGGGUCGUCUACACCAUGGACUACCGCGAUCAGGGCGAUGGCUACCAGCAUCUGGCCGGCGACUACAACUACUCGGUGUGCUUCGUCUCGGAGCGAUUCUGUGUGAUCUGCGAUGGCAUGACAUCUUACCAUCUGCUGGACACCGGGGAUCGAUCGCGAUCCGGGUUGGAAACAUGGCAGCGGAUCACCCGGGCGCCAGUGGAUCCUGGCAGUGAGCAUCGCGGCUUUGUCCUCUACGAUGCCCGGCUGGAUGUGGUGCAGGAGCGGAAGCAAAUCUCCCUGCUGGCGGGCCAUGUGGCACGACGGGAUCACAAUGUGGGCAAGGAGGAUGGGCAGACGCACGUCUAUUAUAUGGACCUCACCUGGGGACGCUGGACCCAAGCGCUGGCCAGCGGCGAGUGGUCAUACUGCGUGUGCCAGCGAUUGGAGACCACUGGUUCGCUGCACUACUGCGCCUUUGAACCGCGUGCCGAGUCCCUAAUCCUGGCCAGCAAUCGCGAGGUUCAGACACACGAGCAGCGCCUGGCAGCCGAUGCAGCAGCAGCAGCAGCAGCAGCAGCCGCAGCCGCAGCAGCAUCUUCAGAUGUCCAGCUCCAAAAUGGCCAUAGCAACGAGCAUAGCUUUAGUUGGACCCAAACUGAUGACGAUGUGCUCAUCCGUUUUCAAACACCCGAAACUCCCAGUCGCAACGAUUUCACAAUACGCUGUACAAACUCCACCGUUCUGGUGCAGUAUCUGGAACAGAAUCUCCUCUCCGGGGAUCUGUACUCCCAUGUGGACGUCGAUCUGACCACCUGGACCAUGGAGGCAGAUGGUCUGCAGCUGACGCUGGUCAAGGCGGAGCACCAGCACUGGCCGCGAUUGCUGGCGCUGGAGGAUUCUGCGGUGCCCGACGAGGCUGGCGGGGAUGAGGAAUCGGCUGCCGUGGCGGAACCACCGCUGCCCAUUCCCAACCUCGAGGAUCCCAUCGAGGAGUGCGACCUGGGGCUGCCCGACGAAGAAAUUAAGAUGGUGCGCUUCAAUUUGCCCAGCGGGGCCAUCACCCACACCAUUUUCCUGGGCUCCACGCCACUGCUGUUUUCCGCCACACUGCGUCCUGGAUUUCCGGCCGCCUUUGCCACGCGCCAAGGUGUCGACGCCUCCGUUUGGCUGCAGAUGUACCAGCCCAGUCGACCGGACGAGUGGAGCGUCCGCCACGAGGGGCAGCUGCAUGCCUUCGGCUAUGUGCAGGCCUCCAAGGAGCAGCGCAAGUUCACCGUCUGCUGUCCGGAUUUGGAAUAUGUGGCCAUCUGCGAGAGCCAGCGCCAUGUGCUCGUCUACCGGCCGCGCCACGAUUCCGCCGGUGGUCUGCGCAAGCGCAACGGCCCACCAGUCACCGUGGGCAAACAGAACCUGAUCAGCCUCGAUUAUGGCAUCGGCGAGAUCCUGGGCGUCACCACCGCCAACAAUCUGAUCACCAUCCUCACCAGCUUAAACCUGAUCCAUCUGCAGGUGUGAGGGAUUGCCGUUGUGCCUAUUUUGUACUAUUUCCGUUCAAAA